GCUUUGGCUUUCAGUUUAAUUGGCGACUCUCUCUCUCUCUCUCUCUCUCUCUCUCAUGGCUGCUCCUAGAUUGUUACUGUGUGGAGAUGUCUUGGGUCGACUCAGUCAGCUCGUCAAGCGAGUCUCAUCGGUCAACAAAUCAAGUGGUCCGUUUGACUUCAUCCUCUGCGUCGGCCAGUUCUUCCCCGACUCGCCUGAGCGGCUUGAGGAGUUCCUGGACUACGUGGAAGGUCGCUCGUCGAUCCCUCUCCCCACAUACUUCACCGGCGACUAUGGCAUCGGCGCCGCGAAGGUUCUCUCGGCCGCUUCCAAGGACUCCGCGAACCAAGGGUUCAAGAUGGAUGGGUUGAAGAUAUGCGACAAUUUGUAUUGGUUGAGAGGCAGUGGCAAGUUCACUCUUCAUGGAUUGUCUGUGGCCUACUUAUCUGGUAGGCACUCUUCGGAUGGUCAGCAGUUUGGAACAUACAGUCAAGAUGAUGUGGAUGCACUGCGAGCAUUGGCUGAAGAAUCUGGAAUAGUCGACUUGUUUCUUACUAAUGAAUGGCCAAGUGGAGUCAUGAACAGAGCUGUUACAUCUGAUGUUCCUCCAGGAAUCACAGAUUCAUUGGGUAGUGACUCUACCAUUUCAGAAUUGGUAGCGGAGAUCAAACCACGCUACCACAUUGCAGGUUCUAAGGGCAUAUUUUAUGCACGCGAACCAUAUUCUAACGUUGAGGCUGUCCAUGUAACCCGUUUCUUGGGUCUUGCUCCUGUUGGAAAUAAAAAUAAACAGAAAUUUAUUCAUGCAAUUUCUCCUACUCCAGCAUGUUCCAUGAUGGCCUCUGAUAUUUGCAUGAAGCCACCAAACACCACUUUAUCUCCAUAUACAGUUGUAGAAUUGAGAGCUCAUUCUAAAGAAACAGCUAAGAGAGCUGCUGAUAGUGCUCCUGACUCGCAAUAUUGGCGGUAUGAUAUCUCUCAAAAACGACAGAAACAUGGUGCUAUAAAUGGAGAUAAGCUCUGCUUUAAAUUUGUGUCUUCUGGGUCUUGUCCACGGGAAAAACGCUGCAACUUUAGCCAUGACAUAGGUGCAAGGGAACAAUAUAUGAGAGGUGUUUGCUUUGAUUUUAUCAACAAAGGAAGAUGUGAAAGGGGCCCAGAUUGCAACUUUAAGCACAGCUUGCAGGAUGGUGAUAGCUUUUCUGGUAGAAUGGGAUCUGAAACUGCUAGUGUUAACAGGUCAGGAAAGUGCUGGUUUUGUUUAUCAAGCCCUAAUGUCGAGUCACAUUUAAUCAUUAGCAUAGGGGAAAGUUUCUACUGUGCACUAGCCAAGGGUCCACUUGUUCAAGACCAUGUACUGAUAGUUCCUGUUGAGCAUUUGCCUAAUUCCCUAUCUUUACCCCCAGAAUGUGACAUAGAACUGGGUAGCUUCCAGAAUAGUGUGAAAUUGUAUUUCAAGAACCAAGGGAAGGAUGUUGUUUUCUUUGAGUGGAUUUCAAAGCGUGGCACUCAUGCCAAUAUUCAGGCUGUUCCUAUCCCAUCAUCCAAGGCAUCUGCUGUUCAAGAUAUAUUUACUUUGGCUGCUGGAAAAUUGGGAUUUAAAUUUGCAGCCAUAAAAUACAACGAUAUUAAUUCUGAAGGGAGAAAGUCAUUAAGGGCACAGUUUGAUAGAAACUUCAGUUUCUUUUAUGCAGAACUUCCUGAUGGUACCAUAUUAUUGCAUUCUGUUGAGGAGAAUGAGAAAUUUCCAGUCCAAUUCGGACGCGAGGUUCUUGCAGGCUUGCUGAACAAGGCAGAUAGGGCUGAUUGGAGGAAUUGUGAGGUUAGCAAAGAAGAGGAAAUGAAAAUGGCAGACAGUUUCAGGAAUCGAUUUGAAGUAUUUGACCCAAAUCACUGAUAGCGAUGGUAGAGAGGUUACAAUGAUAGGGUCCUUCGUCGUGAACAUGCAUGGUUCUAUGCAUGUAGCUACUGGUCAUAUGCGAAUCAGCAACCUAUUCAGGCGGAAGAACAUUGCAUUCAAGAUGACCUGCAACCUGUGUGGCCCCUGCUGCUGCCAUCUACCAAAUUCCAGACCUAGGUAUGGUGAUGGCAUUCAUACCGCGAUCUGGGUCUGAGCUGGGAUGAAAUGGGACUGUUGAUGCAUCCUAGGUGCAGUUUUGUUUUUGUUUGUUUUACUAGGUUACAGCAUUUUUAUUUUCUUUUUUCUUUUUCGUGACUUUGUCUUGUCCAUAUCUAUAUUAUGCCCUGAAAUUUGGUGCCAUGCAUAAAUGGCCAAGAGCAUGUAGAGCCAACUUAAAAAAUGCGGCUGUUUUUUGGCCAUUAGCCGUCUUCCAAUUCUUUAUGUUUACCCUUUCUAGUGUUAACACACGCCGCGGUUGUCAUUCUUACUAUUCUCACUUUGUGACACAAAUGUUUUUUGCUUAGUGUGCCUUUUUUAUUCCA